GUUUUCUUUUGUAAAUCCGAAGUUUGAUCCGGGAGCUGGGGACCUCGGAGACGGAGCGGCGGCGGUGACGGAGGCGGAGAGGCGGGAGGAGAGGCGGGAGAGAGGCGGAGUCUGGAAAUGGCGGCCACCAUGAAGAAAACGGCAGUAGAAGAUGUUAAUGUUACCUUUGAAGAUCAACAGAAAAUUAACAAAUUUGCAAGAAAUAAUAACAGGCUCAUUGAAUUUCGGGAAGAAAUAGAACUGAAAAAGAAACAGCUACAGAACUUAGAAGAUGCAUCCGAUGAUAUCAUGAUGCUUGAUGAAGAUGCUGUGCUGGUGCCGUACCAAAUUGGAGAAGUAUUUAUUAGUCACUCCCAGGAUGAGACACAGGAAAUGCUGGAGGCUGCAAAGCAAAGUCUUCAAGAAGAGAUCCAGGCUUUACAGUCUCGUGUAGAAGCCAUUCAGCAAAUGUUAUCCGAUCUUAAAGUUCAGCUCUAUGCAAAAUUUGGAAACAACAUUAACCUUGAAGCAGAUGACAACUGAGCUGUUUAUUUUUACCAGUCACAUCUCAUUCAGUUGAAUGAUUAACUUUUCAGAUUGGACAGCUAUUGCAGUUUGUUUUAGGAAAUGGCAAUAUAAAAAAAAGUCAUCAUUUUGUUAAUUAUUAUGGGACUAUCUUUUAACAUUUUUUGAUCUACAGCCCCAUUUAUUUGAUAGAAAUUUUUUUUAUACUUGCUUGCACUCGUUAUUUAUUUGUUACGGUGAUUUCACACUUUUGAAAUGUCUGUAAAACAUUUAGAUUUGAAAUCCUGUAUUAGAAAAAACAACACGUUCAUCUACAGCAUUCAAACUCAAGUCUGUUAUUUUGAAUGCAGUAUUAUAUGCAGACGGUGUCCAUUCUAGUCAACCUGCACAAUCCACCUUCCCAAUAAAAGAAUUAAGUUGUCACAAUGUUAAAGUCUGUGUAUUUGAGCAUAAUUGAAUUCCUUGAUUUAUUAUAAUAUCAUAAUUUGAUGUGGGUAUGUUAUGAUCAUUGAAACUUUAACAUUUAUGGAGAAGAAGAAUUAAAAAUCUUGAAU